UUAACCUCCAGAAUGCGAGCCUUUAGCUUGCGCCCGCUGCUUAUUAUUCAUAAUUUUUUCUGCAGUGCUGUGAGUGUAUAUACAGCUCUGUCUUCAUUUUAUGGCGCCUAUCAAGGAGGAUCGGCAUUUCUUACCAAACCUGUUGAGAAUUUACGUUAUGGAUUUUAUCUGUAUUGGAUUAGUAAAAAUGUUGAACUAUUGGAUACUCUAUAUAUUAUUUUGAAGAAAAAAUACCGACAGCUGUCGUUCCUUCAUGUUUAUCAUCAUUCCAGUAUGGUAUUGUUCAGCGAGUUUGGUUAUCGCCUUUGUCCGUAUCCUGCCAUUGCCAUACCUUUAGGAAUUAAUUCUGUAAUUCAUGUUUUUUUGUAUUAUUACUAUGGUAUGUGUGCACUAGACCCUGCAAAUCCUCCGACGUGGAAGAAAAGAUUGACUGAAAUGCAGAUUUUACAAUUUAUUAUCGGUGUAACCCAUAGCACCUUAGGAUAUUUAUAUCAUGGCUUCUGUUUUUAUGGUGUUAUAUAUGGAUUUAGUAUGCUGUGGCUUUUCUGUAACUUUUAUUAUAAAGCAUAUCUUACUAAACGACGCCUGAAAAAUGAGUAG